AUGAAGCAUGUAAAGGUAUAAUUUAUAGUAGAAAUUAAUGAUGGAGACAUUUCAGUAAAAUAUCUCAUUUAUUCACUUUUAAAAAGUCAAUGGGCUGAUGAUGUUUUACUAGCAUUUUUAGAAUUAAACUUACAAGACAAUACAAUAUCGUUUAAUAUAUAUAUAAAAAAUAAAAAUCCAAAUCCAGAUGAGCUAUAAUGGUAAUAUUAUUAAUUUAAUAUUAAUAUAUAUACAAUUGAUGGAGAUUGGAUAUUAUUUUAUUAUUAUAUUAAGAAUGGAUAAAUAAAAUUGUAUCUUUAUUCCUUCAACUAAAAUGAUUUUUAAAUUAAGGAAGUUACAUGGAAUGGUGAUUUUACAUAUGUAAUGUAUGAUUAUACAGGUGGCUUAAAUGUUAUUGAAAUAGACAAUAAUUUUUUGAAUUUUAAUAUAUUUCCAGGAAAAAUAUCUAAGGUUUUUUAGACAGAUAUUAAUUUUUUUGAUAAUCUAAAUUCUUUUUUGGAAAAUUGUAAUGCAGUAUUUAUUUGCAAUACCGAAACAAUAGAAAUAUUAACUAGUAUUGAAUACUUUAAUGGAGAUCAUAUAGUAGAUGGAGUUAGUUAGUAUGAAAUAUUAAGAAAUUAAUAUAAAAUAUCAGGUUGGGUUAAACAAGAUAAAUUUGGAUAUUCAAUAAUUAAAAAUCAAAUAUUAUUUAGAUUAUCGAUUAAUCAAGACUAUAGUGAUCAUAAUUUGAUUGGAAAUAAACUAUUAUAUGUUAUUUAUAUUCAAAAUGAAAACUAAGAUCUUAUUGGAAUAGAAAUACAUACUUAUAGUUAUGAUAUGCCUAUCAAAUCAAAAACAUAUACAACAUCUCCAGGAGUAAUUCAAAAAGUACUUGAUAAAAAGUAUGGUGAACUUUUAAAUAAAUGGCAUUUCUUUCAAUUUGAAGUUGGAUCUAAUUUAAAUUAAGGAUAACCUAUUUAUAGAAUUUAUUUUCCAAGUGAAGAUACACAUACUUAAAUUGUUUGGGAUUAAGAAAUACAUUAUUUUAAGAAUACUAUGCUAUAUUAUCAUUUAGGAGGAGAUGAUAUAUAUUAUCACAAUUUUUAAGGAUAUCUAAGUAAUUGGAAAUUGUAAACAUUCUGCUUUGAAUUUGAUUCAACUUUAGAUAUUCCUUGUGAUUACACUUGUUUAACUUGUAAAGGACCUACUAAUUUUGAUUGUUUAAGUUGUCAUAUAAAUUCUCAUAGACUUUAUUCUGAUUUAGGAUAUUCUUGUCUCUGUGAAUAUGGAUUCUAUGAGAUACCUGGAAAUCCAGUUUGUUAAAGUAAUAAAUUAAUAGAUAAUUAGAUUAUUUGGAAGAGAUUUAGACUUUAUAAUUAAUAUAUUAAGAAAAUGAAUGUUAUCUUGAAGGUUAUUUUAAUUGUGAUGAAUAAAAUAUAUAAUGUGAAUAUGGAUACUUUUAAUACAAUAAAUAAUGUAUAAAAUGGUAACUUAUAUUAUUAAUAUUAAGUCCAUUGAAUGAGAAUUAUAAAUUCUUAAUGGAUUGUUCAAAUUGUUUGAUUUACCCUGAUUAAUUUGCAUCUACUCUUUUAUGUGAGGAAAAAUACUUGUCCAAUUCAGAAAGUGAAAUAUUCAUUCGUGAUUGGAAAUAUAUUGAUGAAAAAUAAUUGUAUAAAAUAUAUCUAUUUAAGGUACUAAAUGCAUAUAACUGCUGAUAAUAAGCACUAUUUAUAAAUUGCUGCAGGUUUAACAAAUUACAAAUGUAAAUCAGGUUUAUAUAUGGANGUUAUAUUAAUUAAAUGGUUAUUAUCAUUAUUAUUUUUUAAAUCGUUGGGAAUAUCUUCAAAAUUAGCUUACCGUAAUUGUAUUAUUUUAUCCUAAUUAUUCAUAUUUUCACUUCAUAAUAUUAACAUCCUCUAUCCUUAAAACAUACCACUUUAAUCUAUCUUUUAAGAUCUAAUAUAUAAAUGUUAAUGGUAUUUCUCUUAAUCCAUAUUUUAUACUGAAUCUCAUUAAUAAUGGCCAAAUUAUAAAAAUUUAAUUAUUGAGUUUCUCUUCACCUUUAUGUGCCUAAUUAGUCCUAGAACUCUAUUACAUCAUAGAUCUUUAUGCUAUAAGCUAUCACAGCUUUUAAGGUUAAUUCCAUAUAUAGGAUUAAAUAAAUUCCAUAUCUAAGCAUUUAUCAAAGAAACUAUCUUUUCGAAACUGGUAAAUGAAUCCUUAUAUUUUCUAGAAUAAAAUAUUAAUAAUCAUUACCAAAUUCUAUGUUGAUUUGGUGGACAAGAUAAUUUGA